AGAUGUCGACCUGCGCGACGGAUGAUGCCAUUUGCUAUUGCUCUCGAUGCAUCAAUAGUCCCGAUAGUCCAUUACCGCGAUUCGCCCGCUGGAAAUGGGAGCGUUGUCGCUGCAUACCACGCUGCGUUGUUUGCGAGGAGUGCUGCCGAAAGCCGUGUCCAUGCUGUGGUGCAAUGGAGGAUGGACAGCUGGUUGAGCUCGACGAUAAUGUGACCUUUCCCGGAAGUUCCACAUUUGUGUCAGACAUCACGGAUGAAUCACCUUUAGCAGGUAAGCUGUGGAAUAUACUCUGCCGAGCGACGGAAGGCCUGAGUACCGGUGAUUUGCAAAAGGCAUGUGGGUUGAGCAGCGCCAAUGACCUGAUUGCCCUUUUAUCUAGAUGGGAAAGAAACGAAAUUAUCAUAGGAAGACCAGUACCAAACAGAGAUGGAAAAGGAGUGACGAUGCUGUGGUGGCUGCUGUCAGAAAGGCACAGACCAUCAACAUACCAGUACGAGGAGAUAGUAGAGAAAGAAAAUCGGAAAUUUUUGUGGGGACAACUCACUGGCUUAGUCAGAAUUUCUGCAGAGCUUGUGUUGAGCCAUACGAGAAAAGUUGAAUUUUUACGGCAAUGGGACAAAAUUAAACCAGAACUCAAGAUACGUCUUGAAGCCAUUGAUUGGCCAAGAGAUCCAAGAGACUACCCUUGCUAUCUACUGUUCUCUGAAGACCUCGCAUCAGAACUCAAGAUGUGUCUUGAGGCCAUCGACUGGUCGGCACAGGCGAAAACACGCUUUUGGGUGCAGUGGAGCGAAAUAAAAUUGGGACGCAUUAUGUAGGUGUCCUGAUGUCUGCAAGAAUUCGUUGGCUUACAAACAGCCUGCAGCCUGCGGGGUGAUCAUGAACUUGCCAACUGUGCAACAGCAUGAGAGCCCUGGAGCCCUGAACCCAAAUUUGGGGAGGUCUGCGAAGUCAGGGACUGCCACAGCAGAGGAAGUGACAA